CCUACUCUAGCCAAGAGACUUCAGCUUUUGUAGUUAAUUAAUCAACAGUCCAUUGGACUUAUUGUGUGAUUUCAUAAUGCGUUUUCUGCUGGAAUGUAAAAGAACUGUGAUGGAAUUGCUCAGUGGUUGUUCUUUUUGUGAUGCUUGAUUGUUUUGUGAUGGAGAGCUGGAAUGUGUAACUGAAAUGGAACCUUGGUUUGAGUAGCUAGACAUGAAUAAGAAAAAGAAAUUUAUUUUACCUCUGCCACAGAGAUCAAUAUCCAUAGAGGUCAACAACAAUUAUGACUUUUCCAGUCCUGAGAAAGGCAUUGUUAUGGCCAGACCCAAACAAGUAGACCCGGUUGACUAUGAGACUUAUAUCGGUAAGAACAAGAGUAUCCUCCACAAUGAUCCCCAGAGGGAGAUGCUCACGUUCCCGUACGAUGACAUCAUCAUUCCGCCCCCAAAUCCACCUAAGAGGAUGCGUACACUGUAUUCCACUGUUCCUGAUUCAGCAUUGGAUGAGGCCAAAGAUUUGUUGCUGCGGCAGUGUAUAAAAUCCUAUACAGACAGUUGUCAUAUUGUCAGGUUCAAGUACGGUGCCUAUGCUGGACGAUAUGAGAAACUACCCAAUAUCAAGAAUACAGACCCUCUACCUCAGCACACAUUUGAGAUUGAUGCUGAACCAGAAGAAAGGGGUGACGAGGACACAAAGAGUUUGACGGCCAGGAUUCAGAAAACAGGCUGGUUGUAUAAAGGUCCAGAUGGGGGCAAAGAGAACAUCAUUAGUUUUACAAGGCAAUUCAAGAAGAGAUAUUUUAUACUAAAGCAAGAGUCAGACUUCACAUUCAGUUUACAGUUCUACAAAGAUGAGCGGAAAACAGAUGCCAAAGGAGCCAUAUUUCUGGACCUGGCAACUGAAGCUAGGCCAAACUCUAAGAGAGGGACACAAGUGGUCCUCACCAAUGACCGCCCCCCGUAUGUGUUCGCUGCUGAAUCAGAAACAGAGAUGAAUGAUUGGAUCAGAGUAUUGAACAAAGCAAUAAACGCUGCAGAAACGGCAUCCAAUGUCUCUAUGGAAAGGAUUAAAGUGUUUUUGUGUAGGAAGUUCAAAAUUUGUGACAAGUCUGGAGAAAAAGCAGAAAUUAGCAUGCAUCCAGAGUUAGUGAAGUAUAACAGAGAAAGUGAUAUGAUGUUAACAAAAGCUCGAGAAGAAAACAGGCACAACCUUUUCAGAGUUUAUCCUGGCAUUAGGUUCCACUUUGAUGAGGACGAUGAGGAGGAAGAUGAUAAUCAGGAGGACAUUGAGGUGUUCCCGGCCACAGUGUGUGACCACUACCUGAUGAGACUGGUGGACUUCAAGCUUAAAACACAGGUCAAUCUGGCUGAGGAGGGCUUCGGACAGAAGUUCGCAAAUCCCGAGCCCUUCUUUCUGAGUUUUGCUUUGUAUGAUGCCAAAGAAGGAAAGAAGAUUUCGGAGGAUUUCUACAUAGACCCCAAUGAGAAGGAAAUCAGACAGAUGGUCCCUGAUGAGGUCUUGUUAGCUUCAGACAAACUCCACUCUAUAGAGGGCAGAAACACCUCCCCAAAUCUCCACGACUUGUCAGAGGAGUGGCUGCUUAAAAAGGACAGACAUGGUGUGUUCUCGGUGACUUCCUGCCACGCUGAGGUGUACUUGUUUGUGAGGAUAGAGAAGGUCCUCCAGGGCUCCCUGUCCCAGGCUUGUGACCAGUACCUCAAAGCCCCCUCUGGUAACAAAGUCUACAAACAGAUGAGGCAGUUCUGCUCACAGAUCGGACAUCACAGAAUGCCAUUUGGAUGGGCUGCAAGAUUGACUUUCUCUAGUGCCAUUAAAUUGCAUUCCCCAUCCCCCCGGAUUUUUUUUGGAACACGUAUAUAUGCUCGCCCAGAAGUAGGUGUAUUCACUACUGUUGCUAGUGCCACUGUUCUCCAUCAUAACACUUCACCAGACUUCCUAGAGGAGGUGAAGAUCGCUCUUCCCAUACAGUUGCAUGAUAAACAUCAUAUAUUAUUCCGCUUCUAUCAUGUUAGUUGUGAAGGCUCAAAGUCUAAUCGUAGUUCAGCAUCUUCCAUUAAAAAACGAGACAAUAUAGAGACACCUGUAGGAUUCGCUUGGCUUCCUCUUCUGUCCCAGGGCAGAGUAUCAGUAGGGGAACAGAGUAUACAAGUUGCCUGUACUUCAUUACCUAAAGACUACCUCAGUGCUAGAUCUCCAGACAGAUCAGUAGGUGCACCAGAAAUCAAAUGGGUGGAUAAUGGCAAACCAAUCUUUAAAGUCAAGGUCUAUCUACAAUCCACUGUGUACACAAAGGAUCAACAUUUACACAACUUUUUUUACCACUGCCAAAAGAUAGAAAAUGCAUUAAUGCCUGGAACAGAUGUGGAUAGCUUAAAUAAAAUUAAGCUUGACAAGCCUACCAUGGAUUUGGAGAAAACCUUUCUAUCAAAUUCAGCCAAGUCUCUGCACGCUGUUGAUGUACUGACUUAUGUCCAGUUCUUGCCGACGGUGUUAAAUCAGCUGUUUUCCCUCCUUGUUAAGACCAUCAGUGACGACGUGGCCCUCAAUGCUGUCAAAGUUUUGAUUCACAUUGUCACUGAGGUGUCCCUAGCUGAUAAACAAGAUGCUCUUAAAAGUUAUGUCAAGUAUGUGUUCAACCCUGACCCCAUUCCAAAAGGCAGUAAAAAUGUCCACACAGUGCAUGAGGAGCUAGCCAAGAACCUGACCACUAUCCUGCGGCCAGCCAACGCUGACAAUGUAGUGGUCUGCAAGUUCCUCAAAUACUCCUGGUUCUUCUUUGAGAUCCUCAUUAAGAGCAUGGCUCUCUACCUCAUAGGCACAGACAGAAUCAAGAUGCCAAGGAAUGAGAGAUUUACAUCCGAUUAUCAGUUCAGAAUACAAAACCUACUUCAGACACUAACUCCAAAUAUCAUCCAGAAACAAAGAGAGAUGCCACGAGAGACAAAGAUGGCCAAUCAAAGUUUGGCCAAGUUUGUGAAGAGUUGUUUUACACUGAUGGAUAGAGGAUUUGUGUUUAAGAACAUUGCAUCUUAUGUAGAACAGUUUGGACCAGGGGAUUCCAAGUCUCUGUAUGAUCUGAAGUUUGAGUUUCUAUGUGAGGUUUGUUCACACGAGCACUAUAUUCCCCUCUGUCUUCCAAUCAUGAGGAAAGGCAUGAUCAAGUCCUUCAAAGACAUCAAAUUAGAAGAUCUGAAAUGUGACUACACACUGUCAGAUGAGUUCCGAAAGCACCAUUAUCUGGUUGGAUUACUUAUACAGGAAGUAAAGAUGUGUAUGAAUGAGCCAAAGGAGGUCCGAAGGCAUGCCAUCCACUUACUGAGAAAUCAGAUUGCCAAACAUUCCUUUGAUGACAGAUACACAUCCAAGACCCUACAAGGGAGGAUUGCUGCUCUGUACCUACCUCUGAUAUCUAUACUGAUGGAACACAAACACCACCUGGUGGACGACCCAGCGGCCCCACCUCCUCAACAGGCCCCUACCAUAGUCGUUAAUGGGGAUGUCCAGUCUGUUAAACAAGAGAGCAGGCCUAGAACCCCUCAGAUGCCUCAGAAGUCGGUAACAUUUGAUGCCCCCACAACACAGAGGGAGUCCAAAGUGUUUGCUAUGAUAGCUGGACAUGGUGCACCUCUCCAGAGCCUUUCAGAAAUGAAAGCCCAGAUGAUGAAUGGGUCAGCUGGUUCCCUGUCCAGAACAAACAGUACCUCUUCUGUUGAUAAAACUGAGGGCAAAACCACCGAGAAAGUUCAUAGGAGGGUGUCCUCCAACCAGAACAUUAAGGACUCGGCCUCUGACAUUUCUGGAGCCCCCAAACCUUCACAGAUCCUGAUGAAGUACCAGAAACUGGACAUUAUGGAGGUCAAAGACCUGUUACUGUGUUUCCUUCAUGUCAUCAAGUAUCUGCCAGAAGAUAUUCUUCUUGGUUGGUUCCAUAACUCCUCAGAGUUUGAUAUCAUUGAUUUCUUCAGUAUACUAGAGGUGUGCUUAAAGAAUUUCCAAUACCAGGGAAGAAAGAAAAUUGUUGACCUAAGUGUGAUAGGGGACAGUACAAAAGCCUCUACAAUGCCCAUGAAUAGAAGAUCUGUUCCCAGUCUGACCCCGCGGUCACACAGUCAGUAUGAGGGCAUGGGAGAACCAGGGCAUGCAUCCACCCCAUCAGAAGGGAAUGCUGUGAUGAAGGCAUUACAGGAAGCUAACAUGUCUACAGAAGUGGGACUGGUUGUGUUAGAUGUCCUAACUUUAUACACUCAGACAUUUAAGCGUAACCUGGAACACAAGGAUGGUGACAAUAGUCUGAUGAGGAAGGUGUUCAGUCUGUACCUUAACUUCCUACAGACCAGUCAGUCUGAAUCUCUACAGAAACACGUAUUUGCGUCCUGGAGAUCCUUCAUUAAAAAGUUUCAACCAGUUUUAUUCAAAGGAAAUGCUUCUCUCUGUGGAGAACUUUGCUAUGAGAUUUUGAGGUGCUGUAACUCUAAGCUACAAUCCACGAGGAAAGAGGCCUGUGCUCUCCUUUAUCUACUGAUGAGAAACAACUUUGAAUUCACCAAGAAAAAGAAUUUUACCCGAGUCCAUCUACAGGUGAUCAUCUCAGUGUCCCAGCUGAUCGGUGGGGUGGUAGAACUCAGUAACUCUAGGUUCACAGACAGUCUGGCUAUGAUCAACAGCUACGCUGCCAGUGACAAGGCAAUGCAGCCUUUAAGUCCGUUUGCUAGUCUGGUCGGGGGAAUAUAUAGGCACCACACUGAGGGUGAUGGCAAAGGACGCAGAAAGGGCAACAAAGAGAAAAGUGGAUUCCCAUUAGAGGUUAAAGAUUUAACGAAGCGGAUCCGUACCGUUCUGAUGGCGACGGCUCAGAUGAAGGAGCACGAGAACGACCCUGAGAUGUUGAUUGACCUUCAGUAUAGCCUUGCUAAGUCCUACGCCACCACCCCAGAGCUCAGGAAGACCUGGCUAGAGUCUAUGGCCAAAAUCCAUCGUAAAAACUGCAACUACUCUGAGGAAGCCCACUGCUUCAUCCACAUUGCUGCCUUAGUUGCUGAAUACCUGAAGAAGAGAGACUGUUUCCCCCAGGGCUGUACAGCCUUUUCUGGGAUUUCCCCCAAUGUUGAGGGGGAUGAAUCAGGAAUCAAGGACGACUCAGGGAUGCAGGAUGUGCAAUACACAGAGGACACAAUGGUGGAAUACUUGGAGAAAGCCUGUAGAUCUAUGGAGCUGGCAGAGAGAUAUGAAAUCCUGGGGGACAUUUAUAAACUGAUCAUUCCUAUCUAUGAAUACUCAAGAGACUUUGAUAAACUGGCCAGUUCUUAUGACAGUUUGUCUAAGGCCUACACAAAGGUGGUGGAUGUCACUGCUUCAGGGAAGAGGUUGCUGGGAAAAUAUUUCCGUAUUGCCUUCUUCGGGUCCUCAUUCUUUGUGGAGGAAGAUGGUAAGGAAUACAUAUACAAGGAACCUAAGGUAACAAGUCUACCAGAGAUCUGUGAGAGACUUAAAACCAUGUACAGUGAAAAGUACGGGAAAGACACAGUCAAACUCAUCAUGGACUCUAAUAAGGUAAACCCAUCAGAGUUGGACCAGAAGUUUGCCUACAUCCAGGUGACCCAUGUGACGCCGUACUUUGAGGAGAAGGAGCUACAGAAGAGAAUCACAGAGUUUGAGAGGAACAACAACAUCAAGAGAUUUAUGUUUGAGACACCGUUCACCAAGGCAGGCAAAGCUAGAGGAGAGAUACACGAACAGUGUAAACGUAGAACCAUUCUACUUACCUCCCACAGUUUUCCCUACAUGAAGAAGAGGAUAGAGGUUGUGAAGAAGACAGAUACAGUCCUACAGCCAAUAGAGGUGGCUAUUGAUGAGAUGCAGAGUAAAGUGGUGGACAUCAGAGAAGUGGUCAAUCUGUCCCGACCAGAUCUCAAGAAACUCCAACUCAGACUACAGGGCUCUGUCAGUGCUCAGGUAAAUGCAGGUCCAAUGGCAUAUGCUCAAGCAUUCCUGACCAAAGAAAAAAUAAACAGUUUUCCAGUGGAAAAGACAGACACUCUUAAAGCAAUUUUCAAGGACUUUGUUUAUGUAUGUUCUGAUGCUCUGGAGUUGAAUGGUACACUGAUAACAACAGAACAGAAGGAGUAUCAUGAGUCUCUCUCCACAGGUUACCAGGAAAUCGUGGAUAAACUCUCAGACAUGUUCGGAGAAAAGAUUUUUUCUGGGGAGCAGGGACUCACACCACGGGGGUCAACUGUGUUCAACAUUGUCAGCGCCACCUCUGAUGUCAGCUCGGCCUAGAACCACCUUGUGUUAGUAAAACUGACAUUCACCACCCCACAGUUAGUGGAAUCAAGUCCACUCCUUCUGGAAAUCCACCACCCAACAGUUAGUGGAAUCCACUCCUUCUGAUGUUCAAAGAUCUGAUAUUCAAAACUACUCUGAAGUUAGCUGAAUCAAGACCACCCCUUCUGAUGUUGGUCAUCAUUGAAUAUGGUCCUAGGUCCACCAUUGUGAGCUUGUUGUUGGACUAGAACAGAGAAUGGUCUUGUUCGGUUUGACUCUUUGACUGAAACAAGGUUCCCAGAAAGAAAGCUUACUGAACAUUGCUUUGCAAACAGUGCUUGGAUUAGCCAUGCAAAUUUGCAAUAAAAUCUGUAUAAGAUAAAUGAAAAUCAUAUCAUUUUUGUUUGUUUGAUUACGGUUUAGUUUAUUUUGUUUUACACCUUUUUUUAUGAGGACAGUAACUUUUCUGUUUAUAUUAGUUUAAUAAGAAGAUACUGUUUUGUUUGCAAAUGUACUUUCUCUUUCUGUAAGUGUUAAUUAUUAUUGUAAACAUAUUGGCUUGAUUUUUUUGUACCGGUAACAUAUUUUGUGUUUGUGUAUAUUUUUUUUAUGCUGAUGUACGUAUGAGUGUAUAUCUUAGGUUUUGUUAUAUAUGCAAAAGUGUACAUUGUAUAUGUUUUGUUUUUUUUCUAUGUUCUAUAUGCAUUUAAUAUUUUUAAAUUAAUGAUUUUCUAUGCAACUGUUAAAUAUGCACUUUAUUUUCCCUUUCAUGAGAGGCUUGUAAAAUGCUUUUAGCUGACAUUGACUUAAGUACCAGGGGUAAAGCACUCAUUUUACAAAUAUAUUAAAGACAAAAUAUUACUGGCAAUAUCAGAGAAGUUAUUUAGUUCCAUGUCAAAAGUCCUUUAAGAACAAAUGUGC